AUGGACGAUGUAGACCAUCCCAAAGUGGAUGUAGCCCGCAGUGUGAUCAGGUGUAUGCGUAUAAGUGUUGAAUGUGUUUGUGGUGCAAAAGAGAAGCUGAGGGUGCAUUCAGAUGUUGCCAGUUUCUUCAAACUGGAACUUCCUCGACUACUAAAGUCAACCCAGAGGAGCCCAACGGUGGAGCAGAGGAUACAGGCUGGAAAGUUGAAACCCUUUCUUUCUUGUACUGUUACUAGUUCUUUAUUUGUGUUCAACAGGUCAACAUUGUUAGGCAAAGUACUCAGAAUCAGCGUGGAUAACAAUGAUGUUGGGCCUCUCUAUCAAAUCCCUCCUGACAAUCCCUUCAUCAAUGAAUCAAAAGCCCGACCGGAAGUCUAUGCUUAUGGGGCAAGGAAUAUGUGGCGUUGUUCUUUUGAUAGGGGUGAUCCCAACACAAAGGAAGGGAAAGGGAGGCUUUUCUGUGGUGAUGUAGGACAGAAUAAAUUUGAAGAAAUUGACAUUGUGGAGAAAGGGAAAAAUUAUGGCUGGAGAGCAAGAGAAGGAUUCAGCUGUUACGACAAAAAACUUUGCUUGAAUUCUUCUUUAGAUGAUGUCCUUCCAAUAUAUGCUUAUCCCCACAAAAUGGGGAAAUCAGUUACAGGAGGUUACGUUUAUCGAGGUUGUGAGUCUCCAAACUUAAAUGGGCUCUACAUAUUUGGUGAUUUUAUGAGUGGACGUCUCAUGUCCUUGAAAGAAAAUCACAAAACUGGGGAAUGGGAGUACAAUGAAAUAUGCAUGGGAACAGGCCAAACAUGUAUGUUUCCUGGACUUAUCAAUAACUAUUAUCAAUACAUCAUCUCUUUUGCUGAAGAUGAGGCAGGGGAACUUUAUUUCAUGUCAACUAGAAUACCAAGUGCCACCGCUCCGAAUGGAGUCAUUUACAAAAUAGUUGACACAUCACGGAGAGCACCACCUGGAAAAUGCCAUGUUGACCCUUUGCCAGUAAAAGUGAAAGGCAGGCCCAUUAAAUUUGCUUCAAAGGAAA